CGGAAGUGUGCGCCGGAAGUGGGUACGACCGGCCCGCAGCUUUCUGGGACUUGUAGUUGGGGGCCCUUAGGCGCGGGCGCGGGUCAGUCUCGGGAAUACUGCGCUUGCAGGUGUAGGAUUCCACGUGGGAGUCUUGCUGGACUGGCUGGUCUGUACCCUGCAAGGUGGUCUUGAUUUUCAUGGCUGUUUCUCUUUCCCUGACGCCACUUUUCCAGGCCGGUGACCUUCCAGAGAGGAGGAAAUGACCUAGUGCCAGGUAGGAGAUUUGAAUGAAAAUUCUAUGGAGAAUCUUCAAGAAAAAAGACUUAGGGAUCUAUUACGUAGGGGCUUUUCUGCUGGCUAAUUUUAGAAGAUAUGGCCAGCACAAUUACAGAGUCAGGAUUGUAUUGUGAAUCUUCCAGGAGAAGGGUACAGGAAUCCUGAACUAGAUUGUUCCCUUUGUCAGAAGUAGGGAGAAGCAUCUUCUGUAUUUCUAGAAACAAGAGCAGUAUGGUGACUCUUCAAAGUGAUGAUUAUAAAAACAUGGCAAGUGAAGAAUAUUUGUCUUUGACAGUCCCAAGCCAAGUGGCCACAAAGGGCUCCUCAGUGACUUUCUGCCAAAAUGAGCCCCAGGAUCCUCAGAAAAGUAAAAGUCUGUUUAUAACUGAAGAAGGCACUGAGAGAAAAGUCUUGGGAGGAGAAAGUCCUCCCAUGGACCAUUGUUCAGAGAACCUUCAAAUUAAACUUUUGUCUGAUGUAACAGAACUGGUCUCGCCAUUGGUCAGUGGUGAGGCAACUUGCCAGAAUGGCCAGUUGAGAGAAUCUUUGGAUCGCUUUGACUGUAACUGCAAAGACAUUUGUGGUUGGAAAUCACAAGUGGUCGGUCGUAGUCAUCGGAGAGCUCAUACAGAGGAGAAACCCUGUAACCAUUACCACUGCAGGAAAAGACAUAACAAUAGCUCAGGCAAUAAUCCGUGUGAGAAAAUCCACACUGCAGAGAAGCUACACAGAUGUAGUCAGUGUGGUAAGGACUUCAGCGAGCGCUCAGAACUACUACUUCAUCAAAGACGCCACGCAGAAGAAAAGCCCUACAAAUGUGAGCAGUGUGGGAAGGGCUUCACGAGGAGCUCCAGUCUCCUCAUCCAUCGAGCAGUCCACACAGAUGAGAAACCCUAUAAGUGUGACAAGUGCGGAAAAGGCUUCACAAGGAGUUCAAGUCUGCUCAUUCAUCACGCAGUCCAUACAGGCGAGAAGCCUUAUAAAUGUGACAGGUGCGGGAAGGGCUUUAGUCAGAGCUCCAAACUGCACAUUCAUCAACGAGUGCACACUGGCGAGAAGCCCUAUGAGUGUGGGGAGUGUGGUAUGAGCUUCAGUCAGCGCUCCAACCUGCACAUCCACCAGCGAGUCCACACUGGGGAGAGGCCCUACAAAUGUGGGGAAUGUGGGAAGGGCUUCAGUCAGAGUUCAAACCUUCACAUUCACCGGUGCAUACACACAGGUGAGAAGCCCUUCCAGUGCUACGAAUGUGGGAAGGGCUUUAGCCAGAGCUCUGAUCUCCGCAUCCAUCUCAGAGUCCACACUGGAGAAAAGCCCUAUCACUGUGGCAAGUGUGGGAAGGGAUUUAGCCAGAGCUCAAAACUCCUCAUCCACCAGAGAGUACAUACUGGAGAGAAGCCCUAUGAGUGCAGCAAGUGUGGGAAGGGCUUCAGCCAGAGCUCCAACCUCCACAUCCACCAGCGGGUUCAUAGGAAAGAUCCCAUUAAAUAAGGUCUACUGGAAAGACUUAAACAUUUUUAAUAUCACUCUUCCCUUUAUAUUCGCAGGAGAGAGAUCAUAGGUUAUUCAGAUAUGUUCCCUCACUGAAAUUUAUUCAUUCAUUUAAAGUAUUUAAGUACCAAGCACUUUGUCAUGCUAUUCAGAGAACCGAUUGUUCUGGUUCCUCGGAUGGGUAGAGUGAAAUAUCUGUACUUUGCAGUUCAGCCAGUGUUAUUAGAACUGUAUAUCCUACCCCGCAUUUUUAAGUGCAAAAAACUUUAUAUUUGUGCAAGCAGAACAUGUUUCCCUUUGUUCACAUUCUGAGAAAUUGAAACUCUGGUUUCUCUUCAAAUCAUGUGCCUUGUGUUUUUCCUAUUUCCUUCCAGCCUUGAUGAGCUGUCUCUGAACUGUGAUUGCACGUGUUAGUUUCAGGUCAAGGGAGUGGUGGGAGAUACUAUGGGCAUGAAAUCUCUUGUGUUUAUGAAAAAAAUAUACCAACAGUGUGUGGCCACGUGGCAGGUGGUAGAGAGGAGCUACUUGUGUGGUACACCCCAUACACUGUUUUACAGAAUAUUGAACCCACCCCCCUAAGGCAGCUGCCUAGGAACAGAAGUAGUUCUUUUUCCUGGGUGCGGCUGGUCUAUUGGGGUUCUUCCAGAUCUCACCACUUCAGAUGACCCCCCGCCACCAAACUAAAGCCAAAUAGGGUACAUAUACCGUGUUGAAACAUAGCAGAAAUGAAAUAUAUCUAAAUGUAUUUAAUUCCUCACUACCUCAUUUCCUUAAUUUUCUUCAGCACUCAUGUCUGCGCUAAGCAAAACAAAGGAGUCCAGAGAGAAAAUUUCUAGUAUUUUUCUCUUUGGGCUUAUCUCUUGUUUUAAUAUUUGCUGUACCCCCCAAAAGCCAUUUGUUUUCACAGAAUCCCCAGCCUGUUUAGGUCUCACUAUAGAUCUAGAAGUCUGAUUUAUAAAAUUAUUCUUAUAUUUGGCUGAAAGUACUUCACAUAAAAAUAGCUAUAUGGGGCACCUGGGUGGCUCAGUUGGUUAAGCCUCCGACUCCACUCAGGUCAUGAUCUCACAUUUUGUGAGUUUGAACCCCAUGAGAGGCUGUGUGCUGACUGCUCCGAGCCUGGAGCCUGUUUUCAGAUUCUGUGUCUCCCUCUCUCUCUCUGCCCCUCCCUGCUCACACUCUGUCUCUCUCAAAAAUAAAUAAAUGUGAAAAAAAAUAGCUAUAUAAAAACAUUUUAACCUAUUUGGAGAGUAUGUUUGGGAUGACCAGGCUUAAAAUAUGCAAUGUAUCACAUAUAAUUCACUUGCAGUGUGAAGCUAGGACACUUCAAAGAGACAUUUGUCCCCUAGAAGUUGAUACAAGAAGCGGAAGCAACAGUUGAAAGAAAAGUGAUUAUGUACAUAACUAAAUUGAAAUUUACUAUACAAUGAGCAGCCCUCAUUUUCUCACUAAUGGUUAAUGAUUCCUCAAGCAGUUCUCAGGUGGUUACCUAGUGUUUCAUAUCCCAGUUUUCCACCAAUAACUAGUAUCCAUAUAUGAAAAAUAUGGAUGCUUAUUAGCUUGAGAACAUGGGGUUAUAACUAAUAUAUCCUGACCAAGGUAAGCUGAAGUAGUUAACUGGACAUAGAUAACAGGAAAAGUAUACAUUAAUUUUGGGGAAACAGCUCAUCUCUAUUAAGGAAUAAAGAAGAGAGAUUAAGACAUUUGCCUUUAAGAGAUAGUUCCAGAAUAUUUGACUCCACCCUUGAGUAAGCGUUCCGUAUGCAAUGAUUAGGGUGAUGAUUAAGCAUCUGCCCUUUAGCCAUUCCAUAAUUUCUCACUUGUUUGGGUACUCUAAGGCAACAUCACAAAUGAUGUGAUUCUGUUUCACCAAUCUCUAGAAUAAUGAAUGAAUGCCUCUCAUUCCUUCUACCCUCAUAGAUCAUACCUGAGUAUCUAUUCAGGAUUUCACUCUUUGUCACAUAUGUCUUCUAACUCCCUGAUAUAUGGAAUCUAACUGGGGUUUGGAGCCAAAUAUGAUCACAAGAACCUGUGUGUUUUGAGGAUAGAGGGAGGUCGGAAGUCCAAAUCUCAAAUGGUUAUAAAAUAGCUUAUUUUUCCAAAUUUCCUUUUAUACAUAACUUAUGGUAUCAAUUUUUUUAACUAUGUUUAGUUUUUACUAUUUUCUUUUAAGCAUCAUCUUCUUUAAUACAAUUGAAAUAUGAUCAGAGUCCUUGGGAAGCAUUUCACGGAUUACGGGAAAGAAGUUUGUGGAAAAGAGGGAUUUACACGUGAAAAUACAGGGGGAACAACAGGGGAUAUGUCACAUUUCAUCAGAUCUUAAGAAACCAUUGAUUGUGAAAAAAGCACUUUGCUAAGAUACAUCCCAAUUUCAUGAAAAAAAUAUAUGUGUGCUUUAGGAUUGUUGAAGAAGAGUUUUUUUCAGAGUUCAAGGGUUGCCCUAGGCUUGAUACUUGAUUUGAACAAAGACCUUUGGCUAUUCUCAGUAAUCAUCAGUUAUAUUCAAUUGAUAAUUCUGUCAAUAGGUUACAGAUUAUUUGUUGAGUACUUGGAACACUUUUACAAUUCUUAAAAUUCUUACCUAUUCAUUGGGUGCUGUUCCUUCUGUAUGGGUUGUUUAAUAUCUUAAAGUCAAAAUACUAGUGAAUAUGUGAUCACUACUUGUCACAUUUCCAAAUUAUAAUGUUUAACUUUUUUAAGAUUUUAUUUUUAAGUAAUCUCUACAACAAACAUGAGCUCAAAUUCCCAACCCCGAGAUCAAGAGUUGCAUGUUCUACCAACUGAGCCAGCCGGGCACCCCUGAUAUUUUAAUUUUUCCUUCCCACCCCCCACCCUGACAGCCAGAGUUAGGGGAUAGAAUGAAAUAUGGAAAUUCCCAUGGCUUUCCCAUUGUACUUUCAUUGAUGAGAAAGCAUCAUGACUGGUCAUGGAGUACAAGACUAUACCCUAGGUAAUGAAAGCCAACAAAAGUUCAAAGCAACAUGCCCAAAGAAGUUGCAAGAGUAAAACUGGCACCAGAUUGGUACCUGAAGGCAGGUAAUAACAGCAAGUAGGUUCAAGAGUUAGAUCUGGGAAAAGCUAAUACAUAGGAACAUGUGGCAAGGGCCACAGAAAUGUCAGCAUAUGGUCAACCCAAGCAAAAUGACUAGCAGAGAAAAGGCUAGAAAAUGCGCUUUUUGUUAAACAUCUCUCUGGACAGCAUUAAAAUGCUAAAAAGAAAUUUUUUACAUUUAUAAAACCACAGCAAUAAAGAGGACAGGAGGAAGACCAUAACAAACAAAUCUCAACAAAAAUUUGAAAGAUGGAAGGGGGGUGGCUAUUGUAUCAGAGCAGAAACAGGCACCAUUUAAACUGCUUGCGUAUGAAGAUAAGGACAAAAAGUAACCAGUUUGGCUCCAGUCUCAGAAAUGCUUAAUACUGUGGAAGACAGGAGUGAGACAUGAAGGGAAAGCAGUGAAAUCAAUGGCCAGGUGUAUAUGGAACAUUCACUUAACCCCAUACACCCAUGCCCUCCUCUCCAACCACUGUGCCUUUGCCAACCAGACAUUUACCCUCCAGCAAGAGGUGGGGAGUUCUUUGCAGAAAUUGGCCCGGAGGGAGAGACCUGUAUUCUGGCAUUUGAGAAUCCAACAGUAAAACAGUUAUCUUCUAUCUCCAAUACUUAUAGCUUCAAAAUGCACGAAAUAAAAACUGAUAAAAUUGGGGCACGUGGGUGGCUCAGUCAGUUAAGUGUCUGACUUUGGCUCAGGUCAUGAUCUCACGACUCAUGAGUUCAAGCCCCGCAUUGGGCUCUAUGCUGACAGCUCAGAGCUUGGAGCCUGUUUUGGAUUCUGUAACUCCCUCUCUCUCUGCCGC